UGAGCUAAAUAUACGAGGUUUAAGUGUUACUACAUUUCAGAAUCCAGUUCUUCUUCAACUUAUUAUACAGAAAAUAUCCGUUUAUACUAGAAUUGGUGGGACUAGGCAGUUUACAAGAAUGAUUAAACAACUGGAAACACUUAAUAAUGAUUCACUGAAUGAGCUUCUUUUGGUGGAUGUUAAUAACACCUUGCUUGAUCAAAACUUCAGUAAUACCGUUAGACACCAGCAGAGUUUGUACGACCAGCCGGUAAUUAAGAGCGUCCGGGUCACUACGCUCUGUGUUCUAGCAGUUUUGGGAUUUAUAGGAAACUUAGUCGUGCUUUUUUGGUUGUGGAACCAUCGGGCCAGAAAAUCACGUGUACUACGACUUUUCCUUAACCUGACAAUAGCAGAUGUGCUAGUAACAGUGUGUGCUACUGGUCCCCAGCUGGUGUGGGAGUAUUAUGGUCGAGAAUGGAGGGCAGGGGAUGUUGUUUGUCGAUUGGUGAAGUUCCUGCAGACAUUCUCUAUCUGCGCUUCCAACUAUCUUAUCGUAGCCAUCGCUUUAGACCGUUACAAGGCUAUCCGAAGACCGCUGUCUCCUCCGUGGAAGACUUUUCACCUGGCUAGCUGGAGCUGGUUAUUAGCUGGUUUGACCAACUUCCCUUGUUUCUUUCUUUUUCGUCAAAUGGAUUAUCAGAAUCAAACCGUCUGUAGAAAUGUGUUGUAUGAUGCUCCUGCUGUCUUUCUCAAAGUCUAUCUAACAGCUGUAGUUGUGCUUGUCUUCAUCAUUCCCUUACUGGUCAUCAGUGUUUGUUACACCAGAAUAAUCCAGAAGAUAUCUCAGAAGGCAGAAGAAAUUGUCUGUCAAACAACGUUCGGGAAUGGUGCACGUCCAGAUGGAUUUGCAUUACAACGUUUACCAAACAACUGCUUAUCCCGAGCUAAGCAGAAAACUUUGCGAAUGACGUUUGUGGUAAUUACAUCUUUUCUGCUCUGCAGCUCACCUUACUGUAUUGUUGAAAUGUGGAGAAUGUAUGGCAAUGCCACCUACAUGAGUGCCAUGACUUAUUCUAUCCUUGCUGCCUUAGCUGUUUCCAACUCUUCUACAAAUCCUUUUGUCUUCCUCUUCUUUCAUUGCAGUGUAGGCGUUAGACGUCCAGCUAGGAUCCUCAGUAGACAGCUUAGUAAUUCUCCCAAGUUCAGGCUCUUUACGUCCAAACUUCGCCAUCAGAAGGAAGUCUCUUGUCCUCAACAAAAUGAUAUUUUUCUUGAUGUAAAGUCCAGAGAUACAUCAAUGGCCAGUAGCUGCUUCAACAACAACACACGUUACCAACUGACCAGAGUGCAAAACCGUCAUCGGAAAGCAAAAGGUUUCAUGGAGACGCAGCGGCUCUGAAUACAUGUUUUCAAAUUUAUAUGUUUUCUGAUCUAUCCGUUUGCAUGCUCAUCAUCGUCUAUUUUACACCCCCCUCAAAAGCCUCUGAAUAUGAAAUUGUGAUUGGUAUGAAUAUAUUAACAUAACCUGGAUUUGAAUACAUUAAUGGUAACAACACUAGAUGUUCUUUAUAUGUGUGUGUAUAUAUAUAUAUAUACUUCCUGAUUUAAUCUGCUUAUAUAUGAUGAUGUUACUUAUUAUGCCUAAGCGUUUAACAUCCUUCCGUGUAUAGAAAUUGAAUAAAGUUUAAUCUCUAAAUGUUAUAGUGACAUCAGAACCUCUGAAAGUAAAGGGUGUCCAAUUAGCAUGAGCUCCAUUAGAUUUUAACUCAGUCCUUUGCAAUGUUCUUCCUUCAUCAAUACAAUAAAAACGAUAUAAUUUCAUUGUAUAGACCACGUUUGGAGUAUUGUGUUCAGACUUGGGUUCCUUACCUUAAGAAGGACAUUAAAUUGUUGGAAAGGGUUCAUAGGAGGGUUACUAACCUUGGAUUGAGAGGUUUUCAUAUGAGGAGAGGUUGAAAUCUCUCAAAUUGUUUUCGCUUGAAAAAAUAAGAGUUAGG